AUGUGCUUCUCGACAGCCAAAUGGAAGAGAGAGGAAGUCCAAGAUCAUAAAUUUGAUUUUGUGGACGUAUCCGACUUUUAUGAGAGCAGCAUUCUACGAAAAUUUAAAUACUCAAUCCUUUUCAUGGUGGUUCUAAAAUCCAUACUUGUGUACAUGGCUGAUAUGUGGACCGCAGGAAUUUUGCUCAUUUUUGACCGUUGGAGUUCGGCUAUACAACCGAAAAUCCCUUUCUUCAUCUCGAAGUGGAUUUAUGUCGGUUGUAUUUUCUUCUCGUUUUUGUUACUGGCUUGGGACAUUAAGAAGGCCAGACACAUAAUAGCGACUAGAGACAUCUCCUACGCGUUCACAAGUACAAUUGCCUAUAGAUACUAUACUCUGAGAAGUUAUAAGCAUUAUUGCUUCUUCAGUCAAAUAAACAAUUCCAAGAAAAAAGCUGAUGAAGUCGCUUUCUUCGUGUUCUUCACUUUUAAAGGUUGGAAGCGACUCAUAUUUGCCGAGGCGCCCCGCCAAAUGAUUAAUGCCGUAACUUUAUAUUCGGUGCUUCAAUCAACUAAGCAAAAAAAAUUAUUUCAUAUCAACUCCUAUGGUGAUGGCAUGAUCCAACGUAUGACCUUAGGUUUCAUGGCCUUUACUCUCUUGGUUUUCUUCCUGUCGUUCACCAUGCUUCUGAUUGCUUUCCUUAUGUAUAUCCCGCUGCUGUGUCAAAUCAGGGGAAAUUUAAAAGAGUAUUGUUGUCAUAAAAUCGACAAGAGAUUAAGCGAACUUUUGAAAAAGAAAAGUCAGAAACGAGUUCAACAAAGACAGCAGGAAGCAUCGGCGGAAGCAAAAGGAGAUUUUAGUCAUCUUAAGAACAAAAAAGGGGAACUAAGGACAUUCCGUCAGCCUAAAUUGCCUGUUUUCCAGGAUGAUGACACACUGCCACUUCCACCCUAUGGCCAAGUCGCGUACGUCAACAUGCCCGAUAAUAUGAGUCUACCACCAUACGGCUCGAGAUCUAAUACUCCAGGACCAACAAGAACGGGUACCCCAGUUUCCAGAACUGGCACUCCAGGACCAAGAGUUGGUACCCCGGUUCUUAGAAAUGGAGGUCCAAGACCUGGUGUUCCAGGGUACGGUCCACCACCAGGCGGUCAACGUGGACCAUUUAUGAGUCGUCGCAACAGUAAUUCUUCUAUUCGUUCUGAUAUGACUGGGAUCUCGGCUUAUUCAGGAACAACAACGUAUACAUUAACUGGCCCAGGUUAUCCCGUUCCCAGCAGAUUUCACACUCCUAUUCCUAGGGCUUAUACACCGACAAUUGCACCUGCGAUAGUGGCUACAAUGCAAGAUCAACAAAAUGACACCGACGAUCCUUAUGGUGGCGCACUUGAUGAUUAUGAUUUCGACCACGAGGAAAGAUCUCAAGUGUCGCAUGAAUUUAACACUGUUAUUAAUAAUUUCCGUAACGAUUUUAAUCCAAAUGAUGUGUCACAACCGAUAACCGACGUUAGGCAUAUGCCACCUCCGGCGGUGCACCAACCAUACAUGCGUUCGAGUUCACCGACGCCUUCAAUAUCUUCUACAACUUCUAGCCGUCCUCGACCACAACCACCAAACGCAUCUGGUAAUAUAACGGUUCCUUCGAGAUAUUACCACCAACCUGAACAGAGAGGCCUUAGACAAAACAAUUAUGCACAACAAGGUGGUGGUCAGACUAAAUCUGAUCAAAUAUAUUAG